AUGUGCACUCCACAGUACACCAACCUAUCGCAAAUACGCUUAUGUAUUUCGAUCAGUUACGGAGCGGUUGGUUACGUGAUUUGCUCUAUAUUUUCGAAAGGAAUAAAUUUUAAGGAAGCAAUUAACAUGGGUGAACGCUUUCCAUUUAGAAAUUUUGAAGAAUUUACGGAUAGCAGCAAAAGCGAAUCAGAAGAAAGUGGAAAUGAUCUCAAUCAUUCCAAUCAUCUAUUCCUUGAAAGUGACAUCAGUUCGAAGAAGCGAAUUUUAACGGAUUCAUCAUGCGACUCAGAUAUGAGUUUUACCGAAAAUGAAGAUUAUGCUAGCUUAAAGCGUAAAAAGAUCGCAACUUCGAACGAAAGUACAGAUAGAAUGGAAAUGUAUCGACACGUCACUACAGUAGACACUUUGACAACAAAUCGUUAUUUGUUGCCACUUGCUCGCCGUUUCUAUGGUUCUGAGGGACGUAGCAUUAGUGUCACUGAACCGGAACUUACUUGCUCAAUUUGCAACUCAAAGGUAUUAAAGAAAUUUCUCGAACUUCAUGCAUGGAUGCACCUUUCGUGGAUGACUGAGGUAGGCGAUCGACAUCCAUUCCAAUGUACACGUUGUAAUUUUACUGCUUUUCGUAUUCCGGAUGUCGUAUGCCACACCAACGAGAUACACGAUAUGAGAAGAUAUAUUUUAUUCAUUGUGGAUGGGAACGUAUAUAUAUAUAAUGGACAUAUGCGCUGCAUCACAGCUCGUCAUAGUACGAUCUAA